GCCUCCUCGUCCUCGUCCUCGUCGUCCUCCUCCUCCUCCGCGCCGGCCGCCCUGCUUUGGUGGCGGUGGUGGUCCUGGCGGCCCAUGGGGGCGGCCGUGUUUUUCGGGUGCGCCUUGGUGGCGUUCGGGCCGGCCUGCGCCCUGGUCCUGCUCACGGUGGCCGGGGACCCGCUGAGGGUCAUCAUCCUGGUGGCCGGGGCCUUUUUCUGGCUGGUCUCCCUGCUCCUGGCCUCCGUCGUCUGGUUUCUGUCGGUCCAGUGGAGCGACCGGAGCGACGCCCGGCUCCAGACUGGACUCCUGCUCUUCGGGGCGGCCGUGGCCGUCCUCCUCCAGGAAGCCUUCCGCUUCGCCUACUACAAGCUGCUCAAGAAAGCGGACGAGGGCUUGGCAUCGCUGAGUGAGGACGGGCGGUCCCCCAUAUCCAUCCGGCAGAUGGCCUACGUGUCCGGACUGUCCUUCGGCAUCAUCAGCGGCGUCUUUUCCGUCAUCAACAUCCUGGCGGACGCCCUGGGGCCCGGCAUCGUUGGGAUCCACGGGGAUUCGCCCCACUACUUCCUCACGUCCGCGUUCCUGACCACGGCCCUGGUCCUCCUGCACACCUUCUGGGGCGUCGUGUUCUUCGACGCCUGCGAGCGACACCGACACUGGGCCCUGGGCCUGGUGGUGGCCAGUCACCUGCUGACCUCGGGCCUGACGUUCCUGAACCCCCGCUACGAGGCCAGCCUGCUGCCCAUCUGCGCGCUCACCGUGGCCAUGGGCCUGUGGGCCUUCGUCACGGCCGGCGGCUCCCUCGGCGGCAUCCGACGCAGCUUCUCGUGCGGGCGGGCAGAGGACGGCGCCGUGAUGAUGUACUCGGCCCUUCGCUUCCCCACCGAGGACUGAGCCGGGGGUGGGGGGGAGAGGAGGCCGAAUCCUUGGGGUCCCAAGGCGGUUGCCAUGGAGAUGGGAUUCUGAGCCGCUGGGUACCGGGGCAGAGGGGAUGCUGCGAGCCCGCCUUGCUCUCAGGCCCGUGGCCUCGCAUCGGUCAGUUUUUCAAAGUUGGGGGGGGGACGGCCCCUUCAUCUCUUCCUCCUUCC